AUGACAUCACAAGCAGAAUCGGCUAAUGAAUCAUUGGACAGACAGAAUCAAUACUUAACUGAAAAUUUGGCCAGCAAAGUUGCCAGACUCAAAAAUUUAGCAGUUGACAUUGAAAAUGAGUCUAAAGAUUCCAAUACUUACUUGAGUGGAAUGGAUGGGGAUUUUGAUGGGGCCACAGGUCUAUUAUCAGGAAGUAUGAAGAGAUUGAAUACAAUGGUGUCAUCAGGUAAAGGAAACCGAAAGUUAAUGUGCUACAGUAUCUUAUUACUAAUUUUCAUCUUUUUAAUUGUCUAUUUUUUCAUUGGCUGGGCUCGUGGUUGA